AUGGGGGGGUCAACGGAUGAAAUUUCCAAAGAAGUAUUCAAUCAAUCUGAAACCAUUGGCAAAUCUUCCGAUGAACGACCACCUUCCUAUUCGGCCAACCAGGCCGAGCAGCCGGCACUACAACUGCCACAGCUGGAUCUGAGUUCCCAUCCAUCUUCAAAUACCAUCACUCGCGACCAGUGUGUUGUACACCUCAAGUUCCUGGCUGUUCUCGCAGAUCUGCGAGAUACUAUCUCUAGUGAUGAUGGGCUCUUUGGUAUCUACGACGCCAAAGCCGAAAUCUUUCCGAAAGAACUGAAUGAAGCACGGGCUCGUAUUCGUGAAAAGCGCUGGGCGGUAUACACCGCGCGUGCAGUCGAGCGUUACACCAAAUGGUGGUCUACUGGGCUCCCCCGGUCAAGACCGAUGGCAACUAUCAAUGACUUGGAGUCCGUUGACUACGAAAACAUCCUAAGUUGUAAUACUAGAGUUGCAUGGAGUACGGACAAUUUGCCCCCGCUAGAUAUUUUGAUGGUCUGGCAUGCUCAUUCGUUGAAUCCCCGGAACUACCUUGAGGAUUGCAUUCGAUACGGCAGAAUCAGCACCUGGGCAACAGGAUUUCCAUGGGAAGCGAUAGAUCGCUGCAUCAGCAAUCACACGAUGGAGUAUACGGUUUCCGAACAAGUCCAGCGGCUGUUUGAGCAGAAACUGAACCUCAAGUGGAACAAUUUACAUGACCCGCUGACCAAGCAUGUCAAAUGCCCCUGCUGUGGAUGGGCGAACGCUGUUCCGUGGACCAAAGCUCGCUUUGGAGGAACUGUUGCCAACGCCUUCAAAUUUAGCAGUGGGUAUGCCGAUUUUUCCUUCGAAGUGAAAUGCUUCAGCUGUAAACACACAAUCGACCAUGGCCGGCUCAAGGUGGCAAAGUUUCGAAAAGACCUGAAAGCAGCUAUUGAACAAGACCUGCCUAUGCCCGGGUCGUUCACCAGUCUAUAUGGAAUCCCCGAGGGGGGCUCAAUUGCUAAAAAAAAUCAUCAACCCCUACGUGACAUGCUAUUCCCCACACGAGUCGUCCAGGCUUCCAGAAAGGGCCUGUUGCAUCUCACUAAUGGUCGACUGGAUCUGUGUCAGAAUGUCACCAAGCUGAAGGAGCAACUCGAGACCAAGCUACGCGACACCAAUCUUUUGUGGAAAGCACAUGGAGUCUAUCUGAAAAGUCUCCAGCCGGCCGAGAAGAUCCAAUUCCGAAGAAUGAUGUCUCGAUACUGGGAUAACCUCGGUCCCUUCGCGCUAGAUCUUGUGGGAGCUGUCAUCAGACAAGGCACCUUCGUGGAUAAAAUGGACCAAAUCGACUGGCUACACUCGCCAACAGUCUUCAACACCAUGGACCGGCUGACCAAAAAGUACGAAGUGUUCUUUCAGAUUAUGAUCGAAAACCCAGAGAAGAUGGCCGUGCCCACACUGGACGUCGACCUGGCCUGGCACACACACCAACUCAGCCCAUCGCGGUACUACAAUUACAGCACGUCGCAGGUAAAACCGGGUGGUAAACGUAUGUUCAUCGACCACGACGACAAAGUCGACGAGGAAAAACUCUCCGACGGCUUUGCCUGGACCAGCAAAAUGUACCGCCGUGUCACGAACGGCGGAAUCUACAGCGAAUGCACCUGCUGGUACUGCGAAGCAACACGAACCCCAGACCUGUAUAGCCGGCUGAUCACUGUUGGCUCGGCCUCUCGCGCUCGAACCGCUGCAGACCUCUUGCACGAUCGUCCCGAUAUCUCGUCCGACCCAAACAAGAACCCCCACAUCUCUUCACACAACGCCGUCCGGCCAACAAACCAGCAUCAUCGGCCAGAUUGGCGUAAAUCCCUGCAACGGGCACGUCUACAGAGCAACUACCAAAAGGCUGCUCGGCGUGCUGAGAAGCGCCGUCAACGAUCCGGCUCCCAAUCUUCGAGUUCUCAGGGCGAUGCUUAUCCAUAUUACAUGCCUUAUGCAUACGGUUACCCUAUUGUGGUGCCAUACUAUGGACCGUACAUGAUGGACCCGUCCAUCAACUGUGAUUCAUACGCGUGUAAUCCGGGCUGCAUGAACGUUACUGCAGGUGCUACUGGGAACUGUUGUGCCGGCACAUGUGGUAAACUCUUCCUACACCCUUAUAGAAGCAUUGAGUGA